AUGAAUCACCUGGACCCAAUCCAGAGACCGAAAGGCCAGGCUAACAAAGUGCAAAACGGAGCUGUGACCCAAAAGGAUACCCUGAAUGACGAUGACUUUGAGCCUUACCUGAACACUCAGGCCCGACAGAGCAAUGCCUAUACGGCCAUGUCAGACUCGUACAUGCCCAGCUACUACAGCCCCUCCAUAGGAUUCUCCUACUCCCUGAACGAAGCAGCAUGGUCCACGGGCGGAGACCCUCCCAUGCCUUACCUGGCCUCUUAUGGACAGCUGAGCAAUGGGGAGCCCCACUACCUCCCAGACGGCAUGUUUGGUCAGCCGGGGCCCCUGGGGAGCAACCCUUUCCUGGGACAGCAUGGCUUCAACUUCUUCCCCAGCGGGAUCGACUUUUCUGCAUGGGGCAGCAGCAGCUCUCAGGGACAGUCUGGAACCCCCCAAAGUUCUGCUUACAGCAGCAACUAUGCCUACGCCCCGAGCUCCUUAGGAGGUGCUAUGAUGGACGGACAAUCCCCGUUUGCUCCUUCCAACGAGCCCCUGAACAAGGCUCCAGGAAUGAACAGCAUGAACAGCCUGGACCAGAGCAUGGCUGGACUCAAGAUCAACAGCACUGCUCCAGGGGGAAGCGUGGACAUUGCUCCUAAAGUGGUGGGCUCUGCUUUACCUGGUGGGGGCCCCUUGGGACCUGUGUCCUCUGUGGGCCCCCCCAGCAUGCCCCCAGUGUCUAUUGCUCCUGCCAAGCCUGCCUCUUGGGCAGACAUUGCCAGCAAGCCAGCCAAGCCUCAGCCCAAGCUGAAAAGUAAGGGAGGCAUGGCUGGAGCCAACCUGCCGCCUCCACCCAUCAAACACAACAUGGACAUCGGCACGUGGGACAACAAGGGCCCUGUGCCCAAGGCCAGCACGCCCCAGCAGGUGCCUCCUGUCCCCACUAACGGCCAGCCCCCUCAGCAGGCCUCCCCCCAGCCCGCGGUCUCUGCCACAGGGGUGCCCCAACUGCCUCUGAGUAACGGGCAGCUGAUGUCCCCUGUGUCCCAGAUGGGCCUGCAGACUGCUCCUCUGGUUCCUCUGUCCCAGGGCCCUCCCAUCCCCAGUCAGCAGCCCCCACCUCCUCAGGCCAGCCGUUGGGUGCCCCCUCGCAGCCGCACCAAUGGCUUUGGGGAUGGUGGUGUGGGCGGGCCAGGCCAGUCUCCCCCCUCUGCCGGGGUUCCGGUGGUCCCAGGAGUGCCCUCGGAACCUCACCCUGUCCUGGAGAAGCUGCGUAUGGUCAACAACUACAACCCCAAGGACUUUGAUUGGAACCCCAAACAGGGCCGAGUGUUCAUCAUUAAGAGCUACUCUGAGGACGACAUCCACCGCUCCAUCAAGUACAACAUCUGGUGCAGCACGGAGCACGGCAACAAGCGCCUGGACUCGGCCUACCGCUCCCUGGGGGCCAAGGGCCCGCUCUACCUGCUUUUCAGCGUCAAUGGCAGUGGGCACUUCUGUGGCGUGGCGGAGAUGCGCUCUCCUGUGGACUACAACACGUCUGCAGGCGUGUGGUCCCAGGACAAGUGGAAGGGGCGCUUCGAUGUGCGCUGGAUCUUUGUCAAGGACGUUCCCAACAGUCAGCUCAGGCACAUCCGGCUGGAGAACAAUGAGAACAAACCAGUGACAAACUCCCGGGACACGCAGGAGGUGCCUCUGGACAAGGCCCGGCAGGUGCUCAAGAUCAUCGCUGCCUACAAACACACCACGUCCAUCUUCGACGACUUCUCCCACUACGAGAAACGCCAGGAGGAGGAGGAGUGUGUCAAAAAGGUGGACGUCCCGGGCAGCGAGCCAUAUCCCAGCAACCCCAGCAGCCGGAGUCAUUACAGGAUCCAGGAGCGCCAGGGACGAGUCAAGUAA